AUGAUCACGCCUCCGUGGGUCCUAGACUCGUACGCACUCGCACACAUCACCAAGCUGCCCGAGAACCAGAAGCAAUACGGAUGGGCAACUUUCGAACACUACUACUAUAAUUCGUACAAAGUACCAUGUUUUGCUACAUUCCUUAUUUGGGGCUUGUUCUUGUUGGUCGUCUUGGCUUCUGGACUUCGAGCAUUUGUUGCGUGCUUUUUUCCUCGUCUAUAUCACCGACUCUCAAGACGAACGGUUUGGUGGAGAGGAAACGUGUCCGAGCACCCUUUGGUGCUCGAGAAGCACUCUCAGGUCGUUUCUUGUGGCUCAGGAUGUCUGAGCUGGCUCACCAUGCAUCUCCCGCUUCGUCUUGAGGCUAUCGUCCUCGCCGUCAUGAUCAUUCUCAACAUAACUCCCCUCGUUGCUUUCUAUUCCCUCUAUGUCGGACACAACACCUAUUUCGUCGGCACGGACGCCGUCAGUCGAAGAUCACAGAUCUUGCGGCACCUAGCAAAUCGUUGCGCAAUGCUCGCGAUCGCACAGUUGCCCAUGCUGAUUUUGCUUGCAAGCAAGAGAACGCCGGUGGCACUGCUCAGCCAAUUCUCGAUGAACACAUUAAUGCUGUUCCAUCGCUGGAUCGCAAGGAUGUGCUAUCUGCACACGGUUGUCCACAUUCUCGGCAAUGCUCUCAUCUUCCAUUUCGGCAUCGGAUUCGUGGAGAGCCUCAAGAUUCUGCCUGUGCAGCUCGGCAUCGUUGCCACUGUCAUGCUCUCCGGUCUCAUAUUCUUAUCGUUAAGGACACUGCGAAAGAGGCACUACGAAGUGUUUGUUUUUCUCCAUAUCAGCAUGGCCGUACUCCUGAUUGUUUUCACGUAUCUGCAUAUUAAGUUCCUCCACCAAGGUAGAAUAUUUGUCAUCGAACUGACGGCGGGUCUGUGGGCCUUUGACAGACUUAUUCGACUGUCGGGUCGGGUAGCUAUGUCGCUUUCUUGGCGCUAUGCUGACGGGUCUGGCGCCACUCGCAAAGCACAGCUCACGUCCUAUGCUGACGGCGCAUACACUCGUGUACGAAUUCAAGUCCCUGCUUCUCGACUGCGACUUGCUCCUAGUGCCUCGAGUUCGCUUGUUAGCUCCUACAUGAAUCUCGAGGAUGCAACAAAGCAGUGCUCUACCAGCAGUUCGAGAUCACUCUGCAACGGUCCAAUGCUUGCAGGAGCGCGUAUAGGCGCUGGUGAUGAUGUUCGCAUCACUAUCCCGAGAUUGCAAUGGGUGGGCGAUCAUCCUUUCUCGGUUUUCGCAGUUGGACGCUGCAAGACCGGUAAUCCCGAUAUGGGUUACGUCGAUCUCGUCAUCCAGCGCCAAGCUGGUCUUACACAGAAGCUGUCCCAACUGGCUCAGGAGCUUUCGACCUACACGACAGACGAGUCUAGAAGACCAAGCGAUAUGUAUUUGCAGCAAGCGGUUCGACGAAAAGGCCAACGUGUCAGAGUAGUUAUCGAUGGACCAUUUGGCCGAAGCCCUUCUUUGGAGGGUGCUCAACACGCCAUAUUAGUUGCAGGAGGCAUCGCAAUCACAUUCUGCUAUCCGCUGCUUGUAAGAGCGGCGCGUGGAGAGUUCAACAGCCUCGAGACCUGCAAGCUUGUCUGGAUCGUGCGAAACGAAGGCAUUCUGGACGUACUUCGUGACAGCUUGUCUGAGCUGCUUGACGAGAUCCGAAACAGAGGCGGCAGUCGCUGUAGUCUUUCGAUCGACAUCUACACAACGGUCAAAGCUAGUGCACCUAGCCUUGGUGGGUCCAUCGCAGUAGACAUGAAGUCGGCGGCACAACUGCCCUCGAGACCUGAGGCGACACAGCUAAGAUCGAAACUCAUGAGCGCGGGCUCGACCUCGUCUAUCGCAGCUUCUUCCAAGGAAUUUGGUUCCAGUCAUCAGGUAUGGGAAGGUGUAGCGUACAAACGACGUCAAGAGCUCGAUCUACUACCAGUCCUGCCACGGACCGCAUCAAGGUAUCAGCAUGCCACCCUAGCAGCAGACGAGCAAAAUACCUUCUACUAUACCUCCGAGGACGGAAUCGAUACGCCCAAAUUGUUCGACAACAGGUUCUCACCCGCCGCCGCUCGAAAGAGCUUCUCGGACUCGACUAGAGAAGUACUGCGGCAAAGCUUCUUUCUUUCUUCCGCAGGUCAAUCUUCAAGCUCGUCGAUGGCUUCCAAGCGCUCGCUGCAAGGCGUCCAAUCGUUCUUGUCGCAGGCGCAAGAUGAAGGCAGCGGCAGCAGUACUCCUAACUCGAACUAUGCCGAGUCGUACGAAAGCCUUCACAGCAUCGGUGGUCAGUUUGGGCACGGCCGCUACAGGAAUGGCUACGCCGAGCCACAUCCAUAUCGCGAAGGGAGCAAACACUCGAGUGCUGACAGUGUGUACAGCGUUCUUCAAUACGACUCUCCCUCGUCGGCGCAUCUUGUGCCAAAGUACUCGGCAACGCAAGAAGACCUUGAGCAAGGUCAGGACAUGUCACAAGACGUCCUCUCACAAACCAAAGGAGACGCUUUGAUCGCUAUUAGGAGAUUUCAGGGAAGGCCAAAGUCGAUGGCAGCUUUGCAUGACCACAUUUUUCCGGAUGACACUCCGCAGAGGAUAGUCUUUGCGACGUGCGGACCUGCUGCCAUGUGCGAUGCCGUUAGAGCUGAAGUGGUAGCGAUGCUCAAGAAGGGCACCGACGUGGCUCUGGUCGAAGACUGCUUCAAUUGGUGA